GCUUUGGCUGAGUAUCCUUUUUUUAAAAAAAAUGAAUGAUUAGAACGUGUGACACGAUGUAGAGGUGGAUGGAGACAAGUUUUCCUUCUCCGGAAGGGAGCUUGUAGGGGAGAAGGGAGAACUCGGUCCAGACUGUCUUCUAAGGUUCCUUACGCCCGGUGCUGCAGCUUCUGAAAGCCGCCUGUGCUUGCUAGGCGCGACAGCCCUGAGCGCCCAGACCCUCCGCUUCCCCGGCCCAGGCUGGCAGGGGAGAAGGAAGCUGCUGUGAUGUCACAGCUGCAUUGCCCUCUCCCCCUUCUCCUACAGGCGCUCCAACUGUGUCAUCCAUCUGUGCUGCGCGAUGCAGGUGGAGGCUCUGCUGCCGAGGUCUAGACAGGCAGACUGCCUCUCCUGCGCUGAUUGAAGGGGUGUAGUUUGCAAAGUGUACCUGAGUUGCAAUUUCUGAGCAGUUCUGUCCAGGUGACCGUACCCAGGUUAUGACGACUAAUCCAAAACCAAACAAAACAUUAAAGGUCAAGGAGGAGUCGGGAGAGAACGCCCCGGUGCUCAGUGACGAUGAACUCGUGUCGAUGUCUGUGCGGGAGCUGAACCAGCACUUGAGAGGUCUCACAAAAGAGGAGGUCAUCCGCCUGAAGCAGCGGCGGCGCACGCUUAAGAACCGGGGCUACGCCGCCAGCUGCCGCAUCAAGCGUGUGACGCAGAAGGAGGAGCUGGAGAGGCAGCGGGUGGAGCUGCAGCAGGAGGUGGAGAAGCUCGCCCGGGAAAACAGCAGCAUGAAGCUAGAGCUGGACGCCCUGCGCUCGAAGUACGAGGCGCUGCAGACCUUUGCCCGCACCGUCGCCCGGGGGCCCAUCACUCCGACCAAAGUUGCUGCCACCAGCGUCAUCACCAUCGUGAAGUCGGCAGAAAUCUCGUCCGUUUCUGUGCCAUUUUCAGCAGCCUCCUAGUGUCCAAAGUGGCAGAACUAGCAGCCCUUUUGGAAGGGAGAGUAGGAUCUUGUUGAUGGGUUUAGGAGCCUGCCUUCCUGAAAGAUCAGCAAUCCAUUUUCUCCCCCAAAGCUACCAAGUGGACUCUGCAAAGGGGGAAACUAAUGGGCUGUUCUUGCUGAGCACUUCAGGUUCUGUCAAGCUGCUUCUGGCUGAAAUGGGAAUGCCAUAUCGAGUAGUAGGUAUUGCACGAGGGGUCUUGCACAACUCCUCCUCACAGCCUCUUUAAGUCCCAGGCAGCUCCCCAGUCGAGAGAAGACAUCAGGGUAUUCUCCAGAACAUUUUGGAGUGAAACUGAACGACUCAGAAACGGAUGGCCUGGCAGAAUUGACAGGCAAGUUGAAUAAAUGAAGAACAGCCUCUUCCUUCUUUCAGGAAAAAAAAUAUAUGUCCAAUCGUAGUCAGCUUUAUGUCAGUCACAGAAUGGGCAAUUGGCUCUGGAGCAGCUUAUGCUGAGAGUUCAUCAGAAUGUCAUAGAACAAUGUCUUAUCUCUCCAGUUAUGGAAACACCUUCACAGGUGAAUUUCCACCUUUGGUGUGGUUAUCUCCCCUCCCCUUUGCCGUGUGGCUUAGCAAACAGCAGUAUCUACAAUGCAAAAAUGUCUCACUAGCUACUUCCCCACAAUGUGCCUGUGAGUCAGAUGUCUUUUUAAAAAUGUAGUCUUGUUACUUCUAAAUCAAUAUUCUCUCUCUCUCUUGCUUUCUCUCUCUUUCUCAUAACAAUAACUAUUAGAUCUAGACUGAACAACGCUGCAGAGAAAAGGAAAUGGGAAAGUGUUAAGAGUGUGGGGAUGUGGGUGGGCUGUAAAAAAGAGAGAGAUACUGUUAACGGCAGGAAGCCCGUGCUCUGACAAGGUGUUCUCUUACAGGGUCUGCUAAAAGACCUGUAAAGCAGAAGCAUGCAGGAGAAGACAAGAAAGUUUCACGUAAGAGACAGAAACAAGUGUGACAUCAACACAAAGCCUUAACAUAACCUCUUUCUGACUUCACGAGAGCUCUUUUUGGUGCUCUUUAAUGCCAAAAGACAACAUAUGGCAAAGAUGAGUGAGUGAUGAAAACAAAGAGCAGUGUUCUUGGACGAGCUGCCUAGUAGAUGUAAAUAUCUACAAGGGAACAGAUCCUUGGAGAUAAUCUCAAGACCAGGGCAUAGAUGAAAUGUUGCCAAGGAAUGCAAGAAGGUUUGAAAAUGCAAGAAGGUUUCUUUCUCAAGUAGUUGCAAAGUUGGGACAGGGGAUGGGUGGAGAAAUGUGUUUCGUGGAUCUGAGACAGGAAGGAUUAGAGCUGAUUGGUUCGUGGUGGGGAGGGCAGAAGAGGACUUGGGAGGUGGGGUGGAAGAGUGGAGGGAGAGGAAAGCAGAGAUUUUUGAAUUUAGUGGGGAAAGAGAGGAGUUAAAGUUUGUAAAUGAGUUUGUAAAAUCCAAGGAAGUAAGGAAAAGCAACAGGUUUUCAGAUUAAAUGAAAAGGAAGGACCUCGUACAAGUUGAUUUAAGCUGUGCCUGCAAGACAAGUAAUCUUCCACUUCCUUAGCAAAAGGUACUCCUUUAAGGUUCCCAAAUAAAAAGAGGGAGGACCCUGAGGCUUGGAGCCAAAAUGCCCCAUGUGGCAACACUUUAGAUGGCCUGCACCAUUUUAGACUGCUGGUGUAAGAUAGGACCUUUUGAAUGCUGCCUCCUCACCAGAUACUCGACACAUAAGCCCCAAGUAAGCUUACCAGAAUAAAAAAGCUACCCUGGAAUUUCUCCCUGACUUGCUCCUUUUGGAGGAUGGCAUCCUUUUACAGGGAAGAAGCUCUGUUUUGCACAUUAUGCGCCACUCUGUAUAUUGAUAGCAGGGCUGGAGAACUUCGAAAACAGAGCUGAACCAUUGCAUAUUGCCGGUGGGGCAAUCUGUGACGUGGAUUUGAACCAGGGCGGGCCGGUGAAGAUGCUGGUGGCGAUUUAAACCUUGUGUGUGUUCCCAAAUAGCCAAUGCCAACUUUACUCUUACUCUAUGUGUGCGUUUGGUGCUGCAGGAGUGAUACUCUGCCUGUCACACCACUGCUUGACAUUAUCAUUGAUGGUGGCAAGCACAGACCACACUCCCCUUAAUGGAGUUAGGAAUACGGAUGGUAUAUUGCCCAUGGCAGUUGGGUGCAUGUACAGGGCAAAUCCUUUACCAACGCUGCCGCUAACACCUACUGUGUCUACACUCAAUAAGAGUUAGCAGGGUUGCACACUUGCAACAACCGCAAGGAAAAUAAAACAAAAACCAAGUCAUCUAUUCAAGACUUAAAUUCCUACCAGCCCACUGUUCCGGUGGCUUAUUUUCUGAGUCUUGAGAUGUGACUUUUUUUUUAGGAUUACCUCAUUUCUUUCCAGGCCUCACAUUACCCUCUAGAAGGCAAGCUGAUGUCCUGUGUUUUAACCCAUGCCUUUUUUGACCCCCUCAGCAAAGGUUGAGGAAGAAAAAAAAAUCACACAAUAUUGCUCUUAUUUCCUGUAAAAAAUUAUUUUGGAAAAUGCCCUGGAUCUCUGCAAGCUUCUCGAGUUCUUAAAGCAGAGAAAGGUUUUAGAUAAUUUGCACUGUUGGAGCUUUGGAAAACAAAUAAAGCUGGCCAUUGUGGGCUUAAGGAUGCCUGGAUGCUUCAUAACCUCCCCCUGCCCCACCCCAGAAUUUAUUCUCGAGAAGGAAACCGCUGCGCGCAGCUCAGGACCAUCUCAUAGCUGAGCAAUGUGGAAUUUGUGGCCCUCCAGAUGUUGCAGGACUACAGCUCCCACAAUCCCUCACUCGUAGCCUUGUUGGCUGGGGCAGAUGGGAAAUGGUGCUCAGCCACAUAUGUAUGGCCACAGGCUCACUGUCAUAGCCAGAACCCUGAAAACGAGAGAAUAGUGUUAACCUCCAUUUCAUCAUAGAGAUAACAAAAGACUAGACUUGCUCAAAAGCUGCCAUACGAAGGGCAUCACCAAUAGGAGCUCCUACGUUGACUCCAGAAAUUGUUUUUUGUACAGGCUGUGCCCAGUUAAUGAACCCCAUACAGGGCUAGGGUCCCAUAGAUGUGCAGCUCUUGGGUUUCCUUGAAUGUGUUUCAUGGGGUUUCCUUUCAGAAUAAGAACAGAGACACAGACAUUUUCUUGAGUAGUGUUUCUUUGCAACUGAGUAAUCACCUGCCUCCCUCAGUUCUAGGAAAGUUGGCCAGAGGUGCAGGCAAGCAAUUGCUGAUUUUAGAAAAGAAACUGGUAGGAGACGCUCCAACAACAAUCUAACUGAAACUGUGUUUGCAGUCAGCGGAAUUAAGGCUUCAGCCUUAGGGUUUAGCUCUUAGCAGCUGUGUGUUUACCACCAGCUAGUUGCUGCUUACUCUCCCCAUAGGGUAGUUGCUGGAAAACCUCCUCCUCCAUAGGUGGUCUGCAGGCACAUGAAGCAUCUAGAAUUUCCGUGGAUAAUACGAUAAUCUCUGAGGGAGUGACCUCAGCCUGAUCUCUGCCGCUAAUUUGAGAACUAAGAGCAGCUUCUGUGGGGCAAAGUGACAUCAAACAACCCAACCAACACCAGGACUAUGUACCUUUGUAAUUUGAUCAGGAGCAAGAGGCCGAAGGCAUUAUUAAAGCUGUCGUUACCAUAGCCAUGGUAGGUAAUCCAUAUUGGAUAUCAUUUAAGGACCAUGUGGAAAUAUUUGAGAGACACACUUAUAGAAACAUAUAUAAAUAUAUAUAGAUAUAUAUAUAAUAAAUGCAUAAUUAUAUACAUUUUAUCGUACAGAUUUUUUUGUAAAAGAUAUUGUCUGGGUUGUUGUCUUUUUUAGUGUGGUAUAUUGUCGUUUUCUUAUUUAAAAAAAAAAAGUCUGCUUACAAGAGAAAGUGGGGAGGAGAGAAGAGCCGAUAGUUUUCUCUGACGAGUCAGGAAUAUGACAGAAGGAAUCUGAAAGCUUCAUUUAGUUUCAUUUCUCACCUACUUUUUUGACACCUGUGGCUGCAGCCAGAGAUAUCCAUUGGAAAUACUUUCCUCUCAAAAGUCUGUGCACCAAAAGGAUGGGAAGUUCAGGAGACCUGAGCAAAGUGUGCCAUCAGUCGCUGCAGGAAUGUGUAUCCUUAGCCUGUCCUACAUGCAUAUGCCUACUUAGACAAUUCCUACAUGGAAGGCACCUGAACAUGGGAGUUAAUAUGCAACCCAUGUGCGCAAACCACCACCUGCGAUGUGUGUGUGUGUGUGUUUUCAAGUGUGUUAUUCAUGCAGCAAGGGAUUGCAGGCCAACUUUUUAUAAACCACGAAACAUCCCUUCAUGUUUUCUGCUCAUCAGCUUCCACCAACCUGAGCUUGGUUUCUCUGUACAUGAAAAGAUGUUCAGUAUAUGCUUUGGCUUUUCUGAGUGUUGGUGCGACUCAUGCCCAGCUCAGUGUCCCCUCCAAAGGAACUGCCCAGGGGUUUGUGGUCAGAUUUGUCCAUCUUCCAUUCUGCCUUUAAUGAUGCCCCAAAUUCGACUCCUGGGGUAUCUCUUCCCGCCUCGGUGUCAGCUCACCUUCAUGUGAGGUUAACAGUCCAGCUGUUCUCUGCUAGGUCUGGCACAUCUUUGCCCAUCCAGCCUCCAGGACCUGUUAGAGGAGCCUCGGAAACAUGCACGACACCAUUGGGCAUGACUUGCCAUAGGGGGUUCUGGGGUCUGCCUUGUUUUCCACUGGGGCUGAACUCUCUAAAUGCUAGCAUGUCCAAGAGGGGCAGAUGACUGGGCUGAAUGAAACAUCCCAUGGACUAAAUUUGGCCCACUAGCAGCCAGUUGCGCUGUUCCGAUCCCUGCUGCUGUUUGGCCAGACCGACUGCCUUUCUUGGAAGGCUUGCUCAGUAUUGGAGCUGUUGUGUAGGCUACCAUGAUGGUAGCAUUCUGGACUGUACCAGGUUCCAUGGGAAGGGGGGUGGAUCAUGAUUUUGAAUGCACUGAACACUCCUCACUUGCAGUAACCUUGCGCAUGAGGGAGAAAACCAUGCUAAACCUUUCUCCCUUCCAUGUUGGCUUACUACGCACAGGGGAGUUUAAAAAACAAACAGAUGGGGGAGUAUCAAAGAAACUGACCUUCCCACAGGUGGUACAGGCCUGCCAUCUCAAUCUGCAUCAUGUAUUCCCAGAUCCCAUUAGCCCCAGCCCUUUAUGGCCAGGGAUGGUCAGCGCUGUCCUCUUAACAUCUGGAGGACAGCAGGUCAGGGAAGGCUGCCAUAACACAUGACACUUCAGUAUUUGAAAGCUAACAAGCUGGAUUGUUUAAUCCUGCAGUGAAGGAUGUGCAACUUUUUGAGAAAUGGGUAACUGGAGCAGUCAGCAGUGAGGCUUCUUAAUGUGAGAAACCGGAAGGGAAUUCAGGUUACUCCGGUGGCCUAAAGCCAAGAAGUGAAGCCCUUCCCUUCCCCCUCCCUUUUCAAGUCUUUUUAAGCUUUACCACUAUUUGGUUUCAAUGUUUAAGGUUUUGUGUCCCUACCUCCAUAAAGACAGGAGUCUUUUCCCACUGAUAGCCAACCAUAAUGCUUUUCUUCCCCCAUUUUCACUCAUCCUUGAAAAAUUGUAGGAAAGUCUCUUUCUUUUUUUUGUCACCCGUUCAUUCUAUCUUCUGUGGUUUUACUUGAUUAUUUUCAUUUCGAUAUUUAUUUUUCGUGCGCUGCUUUUUUAUUAUGAAAUAAAUUAUUGAUAUAUCAAGUAAUGUGGGUGCCUGUUUCGUAAGGCAUAUUCACUGUGUGUGUGCGUGUCCAAUCUACUUUUCUCUUGACAAAAAAAAAAUUUUACAACACAAUGUUAAUUUAUUGCUGUAAAUUUUAAGCUGCAAUGACUGGUUUUUGGUUUGUUUUUGUUUUUUUGUACCUUUCCAAUAAAGCAUUUUCUGGUUUCAGA